AUGAAUAUUAUCAAAAGAAAUUCCUGGUUUAAUUUCCUCCAUCUUCUAUUUAUUCUAAAACUCGCAAUUACAUCGCGAGCCCUCAAUGGAUCAAGCAGCUCGUGCGCCAACUCAUUCAACUGCGGCAGCACAAUCAAUGGAAUCGGAUAUCCUUUCAGGGGAUUCUCCGAUCCACCAUACUGCGGCCACCCCAAGCUAGUCCUGAACUGCAAUUAUCAGAAAAAUUUAACCAGCAUCGAAAUCGUGGGCUUGAAAUACCGUGUCCUGGCAAUAGAACAAACCACACAGACAAUGACUAUUGCCAGGGAGGAUAUAAUGGAGGACACAUGCCCCACGGAAAUGAAGAACACAACCUUGGACUACUCGACCUUUGACUUUGCCGCCGUUUACCUGAAUAUCACGUUCUUGUACGGAUGCCCACCACAUGUUGGCGGUAGUUUUGUCAAGGAUUCUAACUACUCUGUUCCUUGUGGGACUAAUGGCGAAGGGGUAUAUAUUAAGGGUGGAAAUCAAGGCCCUGGAAUAUGUAAUAAUAGUGUGAUAGUUCCAGCGCCUGUGCCUCCUGAAGGAGCAACACAACUUCCGAAUAUAACGGAAUUGGAUCGGAUUAUGCGGCAGGGCUUUCUGGUUAGGUGGAAGAUUGGCAGCCAGAUGUGCAGUAAUUGUACAGCGUCCAAGGGACAGUGUGGGUAUAAUAAUGCGACGAAUAAGACAGCUUGCUAUUGCAUUGAUUCCGAUACGCCGUAUAUUUCUAAUACUUGCCCAUUGUCUGAUGGGACCUCACCUCCCUUGCCCAAAGGCAAUGAUACUUCACCAGCUAUACUAAUUAUCCUGGAGUAA